AUGGGCUCUUCCAGGAUGCGCUGCUCGAGUGCGCAAGCGAUUCGCUUUUAUUAUGUAAAACCUAUCCCGAACAGGGACGAGAUCCAAGGAAACCCCAGAAAGGCGUUGGAUCUGAUCGACAAGCUUGACAAAUCACAUUACCUGAUCCAUGUGGGUCUAGAGAAAGGGAAGGUCGUUACGGACCUUAUUACGGAGCGCAAGCCCCAGACGAUGAUGGAACUCGGAGGGUACGUGGGCUACUCGGCUAUUUCUUGCUACAAUCUAGAAUUGAACCCCGAAUAUGCCGUUGUUUCGAGCCUGCUCAUUGACUUGGCGGGCCUCCGAGACUUUGUCCAGAUCCUCGUGAGCCGUAGUGACCAGUCUCGCAUUAAGUUGGAUACUAGUGGUGAACCUGCGUAUACCACGGAUGUGAAGUUACGCGAGCAACUGGGCAUGAUCGUUCCCAAUGGUUCGGUUCUGGUGGCUGAUAACGUACUCCGUCCGGGCAAUCCACCUUACCUGGAAUACGUCCGGAGCACGGUGGAGCAGAAACGAAAGGCCGCUGAGAAGGGGCCAAUCCAGAUCUAUAACAUUGAGAGUAUCCCCGCUUCGAGUGUCAGGGCAUUUAUUGGCGAGAGCUCCACGCCUCUUUUUGACAUUCUGGGGAACCCGAAUUUGGUGUAUGAGAGUAUUUUGGAUCAACCGAAGGGCCUUCGAGAUACCCUUGAGCUUUCUCGGUGUAUAGGGUUAGUGAAAGAGUGA